AUGUCUUCCACCGACGAGGCACUGCUGGCUCUGACAUCCAUCACCUUCAUUGUGGCCGUGGGAGGUGCCCUGAUCCACGGUCUAAACUUCUGGAGACGAUAUCGAAUCCAUGUGCAAGUCACCGACAAGGCUCCAUCAGUUCACAGCAUCGAUCUGGAGGCCGCCGAGCCUAGCACUGAUGCUUCGCUUGCCAGGCCCGCGAGACUGCACUCGCGACAUGGGAGUAUGCAAUCUACACGGGGAUGGCCAGGGUACAAUGAGCGCAGAGGGAGGUCACAGGUUGAGCGCAAGCCAGUGACGAUGGACUACUUGCCAUUCAGCAUCCCCGAGGAUCUGGAUGAGCGAACGGAAACACCAGCCACCGUCAACCACUUUGCCCCGCCAUAG